UACAACUUGCCGUGGCUGGCUGGCUGGGAGGAGCCCGGGUAGAUGGCGUCAUGGAAGGUGGGAGGAGCCCUGGCUGAUGACGCACGAGGCCAGGAGCGAGUGGCGUGACUUGGUGUUCCCUUUCCUCGUACAACUAGUGGUACCACAAACGCUAGCGCAAGCACCAGCCGCCUUCCUAGCUUCGUGUGUGGGAUUACUUUUACAAUGACAAGAUUAAGGUGGAUCCAGUGCGGGGAGGAGUGGGAGCCUUUCCUACUUGGCAGCAACAAGAGCGCGCGGGUCGUGGCGGCGGCAGAACAUGGGGCCGGCUUCAUCCCUGGCAUGCUCCUCUUCGGGGAGAAACGCUGUGUCAUCCCGUGGGGAUGCAAAGCUCACACCAAAGUUAAUUACUACGUCCUCGAUAAGUCAAACGAUGUUGACUUAGAGUGGGUGCCUGACGUGAAUGGCAAUGUGCCCCGGGGAGCGUUCGGGGGCGGGGUCUCCGAGGAAGGCGAGAUCCUCUACAUCGGCAGGUUCAUGGUCGAAGGGGUGAUGGCGUAUGGCAAGGUCCACCCGAGCCACAAGGUUUGCUACGUCCCACAUGGAAGUAAUGAGCUGAACAACAAAUCCUACGAAGUUCUCUGCUUCAAGACUAUACCCUCGGACUUAGUCUAUAUAAAGACCCACCAAAUGCCGUCCGGAUUAUCACCACGUAACUUUAUGGAAUCGGUCGGAAGCUUCGCCAAUGGAGACGAAAACCCUUUAAUGAAGAUAAAAGCGAGAGUUAAGGGUGAUGUGAAGAUAACACAAAAACAAAACAAAAGAAUACAAAAACGAAAAUCAGUUGGAGCAGCUGCUUGGGUCCGCCACGGCAAAUCUCGACGAUUGCAGCGACGUUAACUGAUUCGUAGUUGGCCCACCUGCAGUCAGCGCCAUAUAGUAGAAGCAAGGGUUCUCCGACUACAGGAAGAUAGCUCACUCCAAAGGGGCGAACGCGUUUACCCCCAAUGUGGCGCCACCAAGCGGCGGAAAGAAAAACGCAUUAAACCCAUUGCACUUUACAUAAUUUUGUGUGAUAACACCAGAUUAUUAAAUAAAAACAAAUUAUAUAUAUAUAUAUAUAUAUAUAUAUAUAUAUUUAGUAGGUUGUCGACGUCCAACUUUAGAUAUCUAGGAAUAAUUUCUCAAACCAACACAUUGAUAAUUUGCAGUAAAAGAUAAUUAUGAAGGGCAUUGGUUAACUGUGCGAUAUUUUUGCUCAAAUAAAAUUGUGUAAAGUUGUAGCUACUACCAUCGCGCUUACUGAAGAACUGGCUGGAGUAUAUUCUCUUAAGUAGAAUAAUUAUCCUUUACUGUAAAAUACUCUGUGUUGCUCUGAAAAUUUAUUCCAAACCUCGCCUGAGACAGAGUUGGUCAAACUUUACUCUUUAGUUUUUCCUCGAACUAUACAUAAAUGAUGCCUCUGACAAUUAGUAAACGUGUUUUUAAUCUGUUGUAAAUAAGUAUAAAACUUUAGUAACAAUAAUCUAUCUCAGAAGCCACACUUGGUAAAAUAAACAUUCGUUUUAUAAAUGGUCCAUUUACCAUCUCGAAUACGCCCACUGACAUUUACUUGCAAUUUGAUAUUUUUGCAAAAUGGAAUAUACAAUACAGCACAAACGGUACUGACUUCAGUAUAUUAAAAUGCAUUAUAUGAAGAAUAGGCGCUAUUGUACGAAUGUAUCAAUGCCUAUAGGUUGGUUCAGUAACAACGGGGUGGGCAAGUUAUUUCUGCAAUAUAUUUCUAUAAACUAUAUUGUUAUGCCAUAACUUAGCAACUUAAGUUAAAGUUGAAUAUAAUAAUGAGGGCACAUGGCUCAACAAAAAACAAAUUGGCAACUCAGCACAACUUAACCCUUAAUAUUUAUCACUUAUAAUUAAUGUUAUUUCAAUACACGACAAACAAUGGUAAAAUGCAAAAGCUAUAAACACAAAUAAGGACGAAAUUGUGCAUCAUGGGUUCAAUCACAGCCUCUUACUUUAUCACAACAGUUCAGGAAUGAAGGUUUGGAAUUAUCCACGACACGAAAUAUUUAAAUAAAAUUUAAUAAAAGUUUACAAUAAUAAAUGUGCAUGUUAUAUAAUGGAUGUAAAAAUUAAUUCAAGAGAAUAAAUAAUAUACACGAUUA